GGAGAAGGAAGCGACAUCCGUAAUCUUGUUUCAUUGAAAAAGACGAGUUGGACUCGGAUAUAUACGAUCGUUGAGCACGAGUCAAAAUGAUCCACAGUUUGUUCCUUGUGAACGCUUCGGGGGACAUCUUUCUGGAAAAGCACUGGAAAAGUGUGGUAAGCCGGUCCGUUUGUGACUACUUCUUCGAGGCCCAGGAACGGGCCACUGAACCGGAGAAUGUACCUCCGGUAAUACCGACCCCACAUCACUACCUUAUCAACGUCCUCAGGCAUCGGAUUUACUUUGUAGCGGUCAUUCAGAGUGAGGUGCCUCCGCUCUUUGUCAUAGAGUUUCUUCAUCGUGUUGUGGAUACAUUUCAGGACUAUUUUGGGGUGUGUACAGAAGCAGCUAUCAAAGACAAUGUGGUUGUUGUAUACGAGUUGCUCGAGGAGAUGCUGGAUAAUGGCUUCCCCUUGGCCACAGAAUCCAACAUCCUUAAGGAGCUGAUCAAACCUCCGACCAUCCUUCGCACAGUGGUCAACACCAUCACUGGCAGCACUAAUGUGGGGGAGCAGCUUCCUACAGGCCAACUCUCAGUGGUACCAUGGCGACGCACAGGGGUCAAGUACACAAAUAACGAGGCUUACUUUGACGUAGUGGAAGAGAUAGACGCCAUUAUCGACAAAUCAGGCUCCACUAUCACUGCAGAGAUCCAAGGAGUGAUCGAUGCAUGUGUCAAACUGACUGGAAUGCCAGAUCUCACGUUGUCCUUUAUGAACCCCCGACUUCUUGAUGAUGUUAGUUUCCACCCGUGUGUACGGUUCAAACGCUGGGAGGCAGAGAGGAUUCUGUCCUUCAUCCCUCCCGAUGGAAACUUCCGACUGCUGUCCUACCAUGUCAGCUCUCAGAACCUUGUGGCUAUACCGGUGUAUGUAAAACACAACAUCACGUUUCGGGAGGGCAGUUCUCAGGGCCGGUUUGAGCUGACCCUGGGCCCUAAGCAGACCAUGGGUAAGGCAGUAGAGUCUGUGCUGGUAACCAGUCAGCUGCCCCGUGGAGUCCUCAACACCAACCUCACCCCCUCUCAGGGCACAUACACCUUUGACCCCGUCACUAAGCUUUUGUCCUGGGACGUGGGUAAGAUAAACCCCCAGAAACUUCCCAGUCUAAAGGGGUCUAUGUGUCUCCAGGCUGGUGCCUCCAAACCUGACGAAAACCCCACCAUCAACAUCCAGUUUAAGAUUCAGCAAAUGGCAAUAUCAGGUCUGAAGGUUAAUCGACUGGACAUGUAUGGUGAAAAGUACAAACCAUUCAAAGGCAUCAAAUACAUGACCAAGGCUGGAAAAUUCCAGGUCCGGACCUAA